CCACCUCUUGUUGAUCAAAGUUAUCAGAACUAACGAAAUAUGAAAAAAAAAAAUGCGACAAAGCCCAAGAUAAGGCCGUUUGUACACAAUUUAUUCGAAGAGCGUUAAACCGGACAAUGCAAGACAGUUAUUAAGAUAUCGUUGCUGAAGUCAAAAAUUCAAUUCACAAGCUCUCAAAAUUCUCAAUCAUGGAUUUUCUUAAAUUUUCCUGUUUUGUAGUUUGGCUAGUGCAGUUCAACGGAAUCGAAUCAGUCCUGGGUCGAGAUCAGCAGCUGAAGGCUGCCAAUGCCGUUUGGUUUGUGGGCGAUGCAGGCGAAAAACAUCCAAAUAUGGUAGCAGGAGACGUUUUUGGCGAAGAAAUCUCCCGAGAAGGUGGCCGCGAAAAUGUGUGGAAAGCUGCGGAAGACCCGGAGGAAGAAACCUGUACCAAUGGAAAUUUCCCGCUGACGGGUGCUGAGGAAGAUGAUGGUGGUCUGGCGGUGGUUUUCAUUUGGGUUGCAGUUUGCGCAGCCGUUCUGGCGGCAUUCAUCUUUGUGCUGUAUCGUAUCUGGCGGCUGGACUUCUUUGAAGACUAUCGAAGAGUGUCAAGAAUGAGCGCUGGACCAAGACCGGAUGAUCGAGGUCAUCUGCGAACCCAGGAGCAGGAAACAUCAUUCUCCACACCUCCACAUCUUGAUGUUCCUGGGACCAGUACGAUAAGAAAUAAUCAAAAUACAUACUGAUUCCUUGGAAAAUUUCUUUAAUUAUUUACAGGUCACUUCAUACUAAACAGAAAACCAAAAUCUUAAUUGUGUAAUUUUAAUAUAAGUAUCACAAAGAGUAAAAUCAAUACUAAACUACUAUUAUCACAUUUCAUUCGAAAUGAUUAAAACCGCUAAACUAGUGAUAAGUUUGAUAUUUUGUCAAAUUGCUCGUUAUUUAGGACAAAAGUUGAAAUGUGAUUUCAAACGUAUUAAUUAUUUUCACUAUUCUAAGGAAUCUAACACAAAUUUUAACGUGAAAAAUAAAACAACGAUAUUUGGGUUAACAAUGCAUUUAUUCGUACAUUUAUAACUAUUUAAAAAACAUAAAUCUAGACAAUUCAAAACCACAAAAAGGAACUGGCUAAAAGUAGGUCUUUAGUUGAAAUAUAGUUUCUAAGACGAAGACAACGAUUAAAAAAGCGAACUAGAAAUGUUUGAAAAGAAACAUUACUGCGUUUUUCCCAGGAGGGAAUAAAAUUGACACUGG